UACAAUCAGCAUAUAGUCAUAUGUUAUAGUGAAAAAUUUAAUUAUUAAAAUUAUUUUAUAAUAUAUGAAAACAAAAUUAAUUUAAUUUUUAAUAAGCAUCCUCUAAAUAUGUUACGUCAAACAGUGUUUUUAUUUUUAUUGACUGUAGCUUUUGCAUUUUUUAAUGGAGGACACGUGAAAUUACAUUGUAUAUUUUCCAAUUAUAUGUUGAAUUUUUUUCAGUUAAAUGAAAAGUAUUUUAUUUUAUCGUUAAAACAAAAUGUAGAAAAUAUAUCAAUCAUGAACCAUUUGAAGUACUACGGAAAAAGUUUACAAUCUCAAAACACUAUAAUAUUGUCGAUGCUUGAAGAAUUACGAAAAAAGAACGCUUCAACAUUUCCUGCUGACUUGAUGACGGUAAACUUAUACUUAAAUAAUGUGAUGGGACAUAUUUAUAUGUAUUCAAAUACUGACAUGAAUCACGAUGAAACUAAGAUAUCUGAGGAAGAACGUUUAAAACUCGGAUUCAAAACUAAUUAUAAUUUGAUAACAAAUUAUUUGAUGAAAUUUAUAAGUGAAGAAUGUGGAGGUUUUACAUUAUAUUUUGUAUCAUUAGAAAAACGUUUUCAACAACUAUCUAAUAUAUCUAAAUACUGUGAAAAUCCUCUUAGAAUUGAAAAUAUUGAAACGGUAUACAAAUGUUUGUUAGAAAUGGAAAACAAUGCCAUCGAAAAAUUUAAAACAAAUAUAGAUAAAUUUACUUAUUCAGAUUUUCAUCCAUCUAAUUUACUUUUUUUUAAUUUAUUGAACCCGUAUAGUAAAUUUAAUAAUGAAGAAGUUCACAAUGAUGGCCUUAGUUUGAUAAGAUCAAUAAAAAUAAAUGAUAACUUAAACAAUGAAGCAACUAUCAUAACACUAUACGAAAAAACAAUCUUGAACUUUGACAGUUAUUACAUGAAAUCAUUCCAACAACAAAUUUUAGUUGCCACUAUCUAUCCAGUGUUCGCAUUAAUGAUAUCUUUUUUGGAUGUUUACAAAAAGUUUUAUGACAAAGGGUUUGAUAUUACGUAUAGUAAUAAAUUUACUUUUCUACAAUCAUCAAUUGUUGAUAUUAUUCAAAAGUUGACACACGAUCAAUUGUAUGAUUAUAAAGUAAAUAAAUAUCUUUCUAACUUAGCUCAUCAAUUAAAUUACCAAUUGUCUUGGUUUAAUUUGUUCAUAACUGACUGGAUUCAGAUUACUAUAUCAUCGUUAACUAAUAUACUAACUUUAAAUAGAUUUAUUGUAAACGUAAAAAACUACCAAAUUACAAGUAAAGGGGAUUGUCAAAAUAUCUUUGAAAUACUCGAGCAAGAUAUAAAAUUAAUCAAAACGUACGUUGACACAUUAAUAAAAAAAAAAGAUCCAUUUUUAACUGUCACAAGAAGUAUAAGCCAUAGCGAUAUAUUUGAAACUAGUCCCGUAAAUAUUUUAAACACCAAAUCAACAGGUAGCUUAAGUCAUUAUGAUAAAAAUCUUUUAUUCGCCGAACAAUCCUCGAAAACCGAUAAAAAUUCAAACAACCAUGAAAAAAAAAUUCAAAAGGAUACUUUAAAAUUAGGUAGCAAUAGUUAUAAUCUGAAUACUUCAAUAAGUAAAACAUCAAAUAAAUUGCAUGAUGUAAUUAAUUCACCGUACAAGACGCAAGCAGAUAAAAAACAUUCGGAGGAAAAUGCAAAAAAUAAAAUAUCUACAAAUGCAAAUGAGAAAAAAUUCUCAAAUGAAGAAAUUUUACAAGAUAAAAAUAAUUCUCCGCAGAAAACUGAAGCUGGUUUAAUAACUAAAGAUGUGAAAAAUAUGGAUAUAUUGAAGUCUUCAACAAAUGAACGUGUUGUAAAUGAAAAUAAUAGUGCUCCGCAAAAUUUACUUCAAAAUAAUAUAUUAAAUUCACCAAAUAAACCCAAUUCUGUCGAUAAUUCAAUUAAUUCAACUGGUAAACCAUCAAAUGAAUUUUAUGAUGUAGUUAAUUACAACUUGUACAAGCUGCGUGCAGAUAAAAAACAUUCGGAGGAAAAUGCAAAAAAUAAAAUAUCUACAAGUGCAAAUGAGAAAAAAUUCUCAAAUGAAGAAAUUUUACAAGAUGAAAAUAAUUCUCCGCAGAAAACUGAAGCUGAUUUAAAAACUGAAUAUGUGAAAAAUAUGGAUAUAUCGAAGUCUUCAACAAGUGAACGUGUUGUAAAUGAAAAUAAAUUUGUUUUGCCUCAACAACAUGAUUUAGAUUUGUCAAAUAAACCAAAUUCUUCAAUUAAUCCAGAUAAUCCAAAAAGUUUAUAUGAGUUACGAGCGGAUAAAUAUUGCGUUGAACACAACGAAAAGAGUUAUGUACAUGUUGUAGAUGAAACAACUCACACAUUAAAUUAUAUUGACGAAAGAAGUAAAACUGGUCAAAGCCAUUCAGACAAUUUUAAAUAUAAUUCCCCAAAUACUUAUAUCAUAAAUGAAUUUAACGGUGAUAUUGUCCACGAAUACCAUCAGAAUAUUAACUCAAAAGUGAAUGAAUUGAAAAAGUCUCUAUUUAAUAAUUACAAGUCAAAUAUUGAAAAACCUAAAUAUAGUGAUCGUAUUGGUGCUUUAAAAUUUGAAAAAAUAAAAAGUAGUUUUGAAAACUUUUCAUUUGACGGCUCGUAUAGGUAUCCUGUUGAAAUUGAAUACAAAAUAGGAAUCUCAAGAUUCAAUGAACUAAAAACUAACAUUCAAAAUCGUAUUUUGAACAAUUCUUUUUUGAACAAUGUAAACGCGCCUAAGGAACCAAUGACAUUUAAUCAAAACCAACAGAAAAGACCAGUUGGCAAAAAAGUGAGCUCAUUAAUUCAAAUAUUUAAAGAUCUAACCCAAAAACAUUUAGCUAACCAAAUUGCAUUGCAAAAUAUACAUGGUAAAAUAAAUAAAGCAAAUAAGAAUAUUAAGUGUCCAUCAAGUCAUGUUAAUAACAGUCAAGAAAUUUAUAAUAAUAAUGUUGAGCCAAAUAAAAAUAAACAAAAAAAUUUUAUACCAAAAAAUAAAAUAUUAGUUGUAGCUGAUCAAAAAGACACAUAUGAUUCCGAAGUAAAUGAAAACAUUGAUGCAACAUUAUUACAUUGCCUUUUCUCAAAGUACAUAUUACAGUUUAUACAACUAAAUGAACAACAUUUCAUAACAAUACACUAUAAAAAUAAAAUUGGCACGUUUACAGUAGACAAUUUACUUUAUUAUUAUUCAAAUUUACAAUUUCAAUCUGAAAACAUUUUGGCAAUGCUUGAAGAGUUACGAAAAAAACAAAGAAAUAUUUUUGCAUCUGAUUUGAUGACUGUCAAUUUAUUCCUCAACAAUAUUAAAGGAAAUAUAAAUAUAAAUUCAUUGAAAAAUGAGGACAUUCAUUUAUCAAGGAAAAAAUUUAUUGAUAACUAUAACAUUUUGACCCAAUAUUUAUUAAGCUUUAUAAAUUCAAAAUGUCACUUGCUCUCGCAAGCAAACGUCGAUUUACGUUUUAAACAUUUACUUAACGAAAUCAACAAAAUUAAUAAUACUUCCAACCAUAAUGCAAAAAAAAUAAUGGAAGAUUUGCAAAUAUUAAAGUAUCAUGGAUAUACAACAUUAAAAAACACUUUGGAUAAAAAUCAAUAUAUUGAUUUUUAUCCGGCUAAUAUGUUGUUUUAUGAUUUGAUAUUUGGAUAUAAUUCUUCAGUGAGUUCAAAUAUUAUUCCCGCUAAAGGAAUAAAUUUAAAUAAGUUAAAAAAUAUAUCAAAACAAAUGAAUGAUAGACUGAAUGUUAUAAGAGAAGUUAAAAUUAAUAGUAACAACAAAAAUGUUAAAAAUACUAUAAUAGAAUCAUUUUAUUGUGUAUCUUUAAAUUUUAAAGCAGAGUAUGUAAAAUCAUUCCAACAACAAGUUUUAGCUGCAACUGUAUAUCCUGUUUUUAGAGCUAUUUGUAAUUAUUUGGUUACGUAUAAACAGAUUUACACUACGAAUAACAAUUCCGCCAAGCACUCCGAGAGUAUAACUAAAAUUGGUGAUACUCUAAUAAGUAACAUUAAUACAUUUAAAAAUUUAAAUCUGUUUACAAAUAAGCCAACUAAUUAUCUGCAAAAAGUCAUAAAUAAAUUAGAGGAAAUUUUGAGAAUAAAAUCAAAAUUUUCCAUUCAAGCAACACAAUCCAAAUUAAUAUCGAGUCUUAUAACUAUGUGUUCAAAACCUAUGCAGUUAAACCUCUUACAAUUCGAAAUUGAAGAUAAAUUACCAAACAAAAUAACAGAGAUUAAAUUUAAUGAUGCACUAAAAGCAGUUAAAAAUGAAAUUGAUAGCAUUCGAUAUUACAAUGAGGUUUUAUCGUUACACAAAAACACAUUUGAAAUAGUUAAAAGAUCUGUUCCUCAUGAUGAUUUAUUUGAAGUAAAACCAUUAGAUACAAUACUACAUUGUGUGAUAGGUUAAUAUAUAGUUAAAAAAAUUCAUUGAAAGAAUUAUCAAACAAUAUUAUAAUUAUGAAUUUAGUAUUUAAGAGUGUAACAUUUUUGUACAAAAAACAAAGUGCGAUAACUGUGUUAAACAUAAUAAUUAUUAAUUAAUUUGUAAACAAAAAUUCUUAUUGUAAAUAAAAAUAUAAGUAAAAUACCAUUUUGUCAGUUUUAUUUUAAGUGAAAAAUUUUGAUAUAUACAAAAUAAACACCAUUCAA